AAUCUACGGUUUUUUAUACCGACGGCUCCAAGAUCGAUCAUGGAACUUAUGUGGGGGCGGCUGUGUUUUCCCCGCAGUUGCAUGCGGAACUUAUGUUCAGGCUCUCUUCAUAUACUUCAGUAUUUUCGGCUGAAGCUUAUGCUAUUUACACCGCAAUAACCAUUUCUAUCGACUUGCACCUGCGUAAGGUCACGAUCGUCACAGAUUCUAAAAGUGUGCUUGAAACCAUUAGUAGCUACAACAACCGCACCAAUAACUACCUUAUCCCUCUUAUUAAAGCGGUCUUAGAGGAAGCCGAGGCUAAUGGUACACGCAUUCAAUUUGUAUGGGUUCCCUCACAUAAAGGUAUUGCCGGUAAUGAAAAAGCCGACAACCUGGCUAAAAGAGCAAUCAGACAGGGCAUUGAACCUAACUUUAAGGUACCAUAUUCGGAUAUAUGCGCAGUCAUUAAACAACGGAUUUCCGACAACUUUUAUCGACACCUUGAAUCUAUGGCUCAAACUAAAG